GCCACCCACCCACUCACAAGCCAAGUCCACAGAUCUCUCCCCCUCCUGCCGCUGUCUCGCUCGCGCCCCCCAAGUCGUCGCCUAGUCACCACCACCGCGAGCGUCUCCUCCUCCUCCUCCACGCGCCGCGGCGGCGGAUUUCUUCGCCGGCGGCUGCGAGCGACUCGGUACCCCGCGCCGCGCGCGGGCGCUCCUUCGAUCGUGAUCUGGGCUGGGAGGAGGGAAGUGGGGGGUAAGGCGAGGCGAUGCAGAGGCAGGGGCGGCACCUGGAGCGGUCGGGGUCGAAGCGGGCGCUCGACGCGGGCGGCGGCGGCGGGGAUGACGACGACCGUGCGCCCAAGCGGCCGCGCGUCCCGGCCCUCGCGAGUGUCAUUGUAGAAGCCCUCAAAGUAGACAGUUUACAAAAGCUUUGUUCAUCACUUGAGCCGAUUCUGCGAAGAGUUGUUAGUGAAGAAGUAGAGCGUGCUUUAGCCAAAUUGGGUCCAGCUGCAACUCCUGCUAGAAUUCAAGGAAGGAGCUCUCCCAAAAGAAUUGAAGGUCCUAGUGGUAUCAAUCUCCAGCUUCAGUUUAGGUCUAGGCUAUCACUACCACUAUUUACAGGAGGAAAAGUGGAAGGUGAGCAGGGAGCAGCGAUACAUGUUGUGCUGCUGGAUGCAAACACUGGACGUGUAGUCACUUCAGGACCCGAGUCGUUUGCAAAACUGGAUGUCCUUGUGCUUGAGGGUGAUUUUAAUAAAGAGCAAGAUGAAGAUUGGACUGAAGAGGAAUUUGAGAACCAUAUUGUGAAAGAACGUGAAGGGAAGAGACCUCUUUUAACUGGUGACCUCCAGGUGACUCUCAAAGAAGGUGUAGGGACGAUUGGAGAGCUUAUCUUCACUGACAAUUCAAGCUGGAUAAGAAGCAGGAAAUUUAGACUUGGUUUGCGAGUCUCUUCAGGAUUUUGUGAAGGUGUCCGUGUUAAGGAGGCGAAAACGGAGGCUUUUACUGUUAAAGAUCACAGAGGAGAAUUGUACAAGAAACACUACCCUCCUGCCCUAAAGGAUGAUGUUUGGAGAUUGGAGAAGAUUGGAAAGGAUGGUGCAUUUCACAAGAAGCUAAACUCAAAUGGAAUAUACACAGUUGAACAUUUUCUUCAACUUCUUGUUAGAGAUCAACAGAAGCUAAGAACUAUUCUUGGCAGUAACAUGUCAAAUAAGAUGUGGGAAAGUCUUGUUGAGCAUGCGAAGACAUGUGUUUUGAGUGGCAAACACUAUAUAUAUUACUCAAGCGAUGCAAGAAGUGUUGGAGCAAUAUUCAAUAACAUAUAUGAGUUCACUGGUUUGAUUGCUGAUGAUCAGUACAUUUCAGCUGAAAACCUUUCUGAAAACCAGAGGUUGUUUGCGGAUACACUAGUGAAACAAGCAUAUGAUGACUGGAUCAACGUUGUCGAAUAUGAUGGCAAGGAACUGUUGAGAUUCAAGCAGAAAAAGAAAUCUGUCACGACAAGAAGUGAUACAGCAAAGGCUUCAACUAGCUACCCUUCUUCAUAUGGUUCGACACACUCACAUAAACAAUUGACAGGCGGACCUGUGAAUAUUGAGCAAUCAUCUAUGAGCAGUAUGAGUGAAGAUGGAACUAGAAACAUGUCCAACGGGAGCCAAGCAGCAAGAUAUGCAGCCAAUCCUCAGGACAUCUCACAAAGUAUCACCAUGCCAUAUGACAUGAGUUCAUUGAGACCCGAAGAACAGUUCGCUGGUUCUUCAAUCCAAACUCAAGCUUCAAGAAGCUCAAACAUGCUAGCCUUGGGACCAACACAGCAGCAAAACUUUGAAUUCUCAGCACUUGGUCAGUCCAUGCAGCCUUCUCCCCUCAAUCCUUUUGAUGACUGGUCCCGGUUGCAGGAGAACCGUGGAGGCGUUGACGACUACUUGAUGGAGGAGAUACGGGUGAGGAGCCACGAGAUACUAGAGAACGAAGAGGACAUGCAACAAAUGCUGCGCAUCCUGAGCAUGGGUGGAUCAUCAGCCAACAUGAAUCAUGGAGAUGGAUUCUCCCCCUUCAUGCCGUCUCCUGCACCAGCCUUCAACUACGAGGAUGACCGGGCUCGCCCGUCUGGUAAGGCUGUUGUUGGGUGGCUUAAGAUUAAGGCCGCUAUGCGAUGGGGCAUCUUUGUGAGGAAGAAAGCUGCCGAGAGAAGAGCUCAGCUUGUCGAGCUGGAGGACUAGCCUAGCGGAGGUCGUCCGGAGUGUUCAUCUUAUGGACCAUGAGGCCUGGCCAGUCUGGACAGAUGGUAACACGCCUCUCUUGGCUGGUCUUGUACAAUAGUACUGUUGAUAUUUAUGUUUACUGAUGAAAGAAAUGGGCUCAGCGAUGCACCAGGCCAGGAUGGUCCACAUGACGAGCUUAUUAGUAUGAAAUGGACACCCGUUGUUUGUAUAGCUGUUUGAUGGACAUUAUGUAAGUUUUGCUAGUCCGCCCUGUUGUAUUACAUGCAAUCCUUGAUCCGAACUGUGCAAAUUUAUUUGUUGGAGGUUUUGGGAACACAAGUGAUAGGAGGCAUGUCGCCAUCCUCUUGUCCUGGACCAAAAUGGUAGUCAUAGUAUACAUUAUUGCAUUUCUGAGCAUCACAUUAAAGCAUUCCCCUGAAAAAGCAAUUCACAAUCAAAA